AUGCUCUCUCGUAACGUCUCAAGGUGCUGUGAAGCUCAUAGGCGCUGCCGGGCUUUUGCAGUUCUCGCGUUUGGGGCCUUGCAGGUCGAAUCCCCGAUGGCGGCGUGCCUUCGCCGUUGCACGGCCUCCUUAAGGGCAACAGCAACGGUUGCCUCGCUCAGCAGCGAUCACGCAGUGCUGUCUGUCUGCAAGCGCUGCGAGCACACCAGCGCCAUCGCAACGCCACCAGGAAGGGAGUUGACAACCAAGGAGCAGAUCGACGAGCUGAUGGACGCGUUUGCAGAGGCCUGUGAGCUGAUUACAGAUGCGAAGGAAAGCGUCGGCACAACUUACUUCGAGGACGAUAUGGAGGACGCGGAGAAGCAGACGCACGAUGUCCUGAAACGCUGGGAGAGUCUGCAGGCAGCGCUGGAGCGCAAGGGGACCGCAGAGGAGCUGCAGAAGGUUCGCAAUAUGUACGAUCUAAAGAUCAAGCAACUGAAGGCGGAGCUCGAGACGGUGCGUGAGGCCGGCGGAGCCGGAUGA